AUGCUGAGACACAAGUCGAUUUCCCCCCAAAGCGACUCAUCCAGUCGCCGAGACGACAAAGGACAAUACCUGCUACCGCGGUUCUCGAAGGCCCCUGAAGGGGUGAUGCGGCGCCCACUGCCAGACCCCGACUCUUGUCCGACACUCAAACUCACCGCUCGGCCACCAUAUUCCAUCACACGUCUUCGUGACCAACCCUCAGAAGUACGAUCCAUCACGGAGGAGACUGUCGACUGGACGAAGCAAGACCUGCACUUUUCCACGAGCCCAAGAGGUUCGAGACUCGUAUUCCUCAAUCCGGUAGGUCGGACUCGACUUCGUCGGGCCCCGGCUGUUGUCGGAAGUCCACGAAUUCGACGCACUUCUGCCGGAGAGUUGGUGAGAGUAGUUGACAAGACUGCCUCUUCGUCCUUCCUAGACUGUGCUCAACUGCAGAGACCGGGACGCCUGAGUAGCGAAGAGGUGGCCAUCCUCAGCCCGUUGCCAGUAGCGUCUGCAACCAAGGUCAACCCGGACUCAGGGCUGGAGGAGGCUGAGUCGAGACGCUGCGAUUUGUUCGAUAGUGUCGGUCAAAAGCGAGGCAGAAAACGGCGUCCUGAAACAACCGAUCUGGUUGAAAUGAGACGUUUCGGUGUACAAGAGGAGCAAGACAAAACGGGACUGGAGGAUGCCGUGAAAGUCAAUUCAGGCAAUCGUAUGCUCAAACCAAGGAGUCUGGAAAUACGAGGAUUCUCCAGCCUCAACGCCUUAGCAACAACACAGUCAUUUGAAGUGCCGACGUCACCGGUCCACCUGAGAAUGACGCCAAUUGUGUCUACAAGUCGUGCCGGCCAGAGGCAAGAGGAGCGCAUCAUUUGUCUCCGGGCCCGAGACCAGCCGUCUCAGGUCAGGCAACACUGUGACGAAGAGAGAGGUAGAAGUGUGAGGCUGAGUAACGGCCAGCCGCGGAGUUUGGACGAUACCGUAAUUGCAUUUGCCCAACGCCAAAGAGGCAGUCGGUCGAGCUCAGCAGGCGGCCAAGCUGACCAUCGGUCCCUGGAACCCCGUGGAAACAAAGAACUGGUCCGGUAUGUCUGGCAUCCAGACGACCUGCUCUGCCCGACGGAAGACUCGGCCGGACAUUUAGCCACCGGCCGCUCGGAGGCUCCAAAUCGUCCAAUCCUGCACUCGGCUCGACAGAGUAGCCUUGAACACCAAUGGCAAAAGUCGGCAACAGCGACGGCAACUCCCGAGACCCCGCCGGUAGACUCGGGCUACUCCCAACGUCUGGGGCACUACUCUGGCCCGACAACAAGAUUGCAAUAUCAACUGCAUCCGCCCCGGCAACCCUGUACCCCUGUAGGGCUGUCCAGUCUAUCACGUUUGUCACCGCCACUUGCACGAGGCCGGACGGGACAGAGUUGCGAAGCCCUCUUCACCACGACAGAGGGUCUCUUAGAAACCAUGCUGGGCACCCUUGUCUCUUCACCAUCAUCUGUAGCACCGGCACCGCCGGUCUCCAGCCUGCCCACUUGUUCACUGCCCAUCCGCCGGCCCUGUCAGCCCAGCGUCUCACAUCUUGUCUCGCGUCCCGACACUUCACAUGUGUCCGCUCGUAUUGCCCGAUUCUCUCAGGGCCUUCCGCCUUACGGCAUUUCUGGGCUAAUCUCACAAACGGUCACGCCUACCUGGCGUCGCUUCUCCUGGCGCCGAGGCCUCUCCGCCUCCUCGAGUGCAAUUAACGAGAUGGGUCAAGUCGCCGUUUCUCCCAUGGCAUCGGUUGUCACUCCGAUAGUGUAUGUCGCACAGUGUAGCACUGCCGGACAGAUGACUGGUCCUCCAGUCAACGGCGUAAUGGCAGCCAGUAUAGGGUUGAGUGGAUGGCAGGCUAGCCCCGGGUCGGAGUUAGCCAUCAGUCAGAUCCUGCAUGAAAACAAGCCGCCAGGUGAAGAUAGUUUGCUUUAA